ACCAGGUGGUGAUGGCCGCGUGAGCGCCCGCCAUGGCCCACCGGAAGCGUCCGAGUGCAGCGAGCGGCAUGUUGGACCACAGGGCGAGGCCGGGCCCCGGGCCCCACGGCCAGGAGCCUGAGAGCGAGGAUGCUGAGCUGCCCCUGGAGGCGUACAUGCCCAAGGACCUGGAGCUGGCCGCCCUGCGGCCGGAGAGCCCCCUGCCCGAGGAGCAGGAGUGCCACAACCACAGCCCCGACGGGGACUCCAGCUCCGACUAUGUGAACAACACCUCCGAGGAGGAGGACUACGAUGAGGGCCUGCCGGAGGAGGAGGAGGGCAUCACCUACUACAUUCGCUACUGCCCCGAGGAUGACAGUUACCUGGAGGGCAUGGACUGCAACGGGGAGGAGUACCUGGCCCACGGCGCACACCCCGUGGACACCGACGAGUGCCAGGAGGCGGUGGAGGAGUGGACGGACUCGGCAGGCCCACACCCCCAUGGCCACGGGUCCGAAGGCAGCCAGGACUACCCUGACGGCCACCUGCCCAUCCCGGAGGACGAGCCCUCUGUCCUGGAGGCCCAUGACCAGGAAGAAGGCAGCCACUACUGUCCCGGCAAAGAGGACUACCAGGACUACUACCCCACGGAGGCCAACGGCAAUGCAGGCGGUGCCUCCCCCUACCGUCUGAGGUGCGGGGAUGGGGACCUGGAGGACCAGGAGGAGGACAUCGACCAGAUUGUGGCUGAGAUCAAGAUGAGCCUGAGUAUGACCAGCAUUACCAGCGCGAGUGAGGCCAGCCCCGAGCACGAGCCCGAGCCGGGGGCUGGGGACUCCACGGAGGCCUGCCUGCCUGGAGAGGCCAGCCGCGGCCCCAGCAGGCACGAGGCAAGGCCCAAGUCACUGAACCUCCCUCCCGAGGCCAAGCACUCCGGAGACCCCCAGAGAGGCUUCAAGACCAAGACCAGGACCCCAGAGGAGAGGCCAAAGUGGUCCCAAGAGCAGGUUUGCAAUGGUUUGGAGCAGCCGAGGAAGCAGCAGCGCUCUGAUCUCAAUGGACCCAUUGACAAUAACAACAUCCCAGAGACAAAGAAGGUGGCAUCAUUUCCAAGUUUUGUGGCUGUUCCAGGGCCCUGUGAACCGGAAGACCUCAUCGAUGGCAUCAUCUUUGCUGCCAACUACCUGGGGUCCACCCAGCUGCUGUCCGAACGGAACCCUUCCAAAAACAUCAGAAUGAUGCAGGCGCAGGAGGCCGUCAGCCGGGUCAAGAAUUCUGAGGGGGACGCCCAGACACUAACGGAAGUGGACCUCUUCAUCUCCACCCAGAGGAUCAAGGUUUUAAAUGCGGACACACAGGAGACCAUGAUGGACCACGCCUUGCGCACUAUCUCCUACAUCGCGGACAUCGGGAACAUCGUGGUGCUGAUGGCCAGACGCCGCAUGCCCCGGUCAGCCUCUCAAGAUUGCAUCGAGACCACUCCCGGGGCCCAGGAGGGGAAGAAGCAGUACAAGAUGAUCUGCCACGUGUUCGAGUCGGAGGACGCGCAGCUCAUAGCGCAGUCCAUCGGCCAGGCCUUCAGCGUGGCCUACCAGGAGUUCCUGCGGGCCAACGGCAUCAACCCCGAGGACCUGAGCCAGAAGGAGUACAGCGACAUCAUCAACACCCAGGAGAUGUACAACGACGACCUCAUCCACUUCUCAAACUCGGAGAACUGCAAGGAGCUGCAGCUGGAGAAGCACAAGGGCGAGAUCCUGGGCGUGGUGGUCGUGGAGUCGGGCUGGGGCUCCAUCCUGCCCACGGUCAUCCUGGCCAACAUGAUGAAUGGCGGCCCGGCCGCACGCUCGGGAAAGCUGAGCAUCGGGGACCAGAUCAUGUCCAUCAAUGGCACCAGCCUGGUGGGACUGCCCCUCGCCACCUGCCAAGGCAUCAUCAAGGGCCUGAAGAACCAGACGCAGGUGAAGCUCAAUAUCGUCAGCUGUCCCCCAGUCACCACUGUCCUCAUCAAGCGGCCAGACCUCAAGUACCAGCUGGGCUUCAGCGUGCAGAAUGGAAUCAUCUGCAGUCUCAUGAGAGGGGGCAUUGCCGAGCGAGGCGGCGUCCGUGUCGGCCACCGCAUCAUCGAGAUCAACGGGCAGAGCGUGGUGGCCACAGCCCACGAGAAGAUUGUCCAAGCUCUGUCCAACUCGGUCGGGGAGAUUCACAUGAAGACCAUGCCCGCCGCCAUGUUCAGGCUCCUCACGGGCCAGGAGACCCCGCUGUACAUCUAGGCCGCCAGCCUGGCCGCACCGCGGAGCUGGACGCCAGGCAGGCCUGCCGGGCCCGGGGGAGCCGGAGCCAGACCCGGGCU